AAAGUGCUUCCUGUGCCUGCGGAGGUGGGGCAGAGGAAGUCUAGCUUGCUAGAGACGCCUCCGGCGUUGUGGCCUCUACGGCAGGCCCCGGCGUUCUGUGACACUCCUGCCCACCUCCUCUUGUUCUCCCGGGCUGGCAGGGAUCGACCACAGUUGCAGCGGGCCUAGGGCGUGCGUCCGGGGUUUUUCGCGACACCUUAAACAUGAGCCCCACACAGUGGGACUUUCCUGUGGAAUUAUGUUGUCGGCCUAUGGCUUUUGUUACACUCACAGGCCUAGAUGUUGUUUACAAUGCUGUCCAUCGAGCAGUCUGGGAUGCUUUCUGUGCCAAUCGGAGAGCUGAUCGGGUACCAAUUUCUUUCAAGGUGCUCCCAGGUGACCAUGAAUAUCCUAAAUGUAGACCCAAGAGAACUUCGUAUGAGUGGUACAUUCCUAAAGGGAUCUUAAAGACUGGCUGGAUGAAUAAGCAUCUGAAUCUGGUGCCAGCCCUGGUGGUUGUAUUCUAUGAGCUGGACUGGGAUGAGCCUCAGUGGAAAGAAAAGCAGUCUGAGUGCGCAACCAGAGUGGAAAUCGUCAGACAGAGUUUACAAGGAAGAAAUACAAAAGUUGCAGUGGUUUUGAUUCAGAAGAAAACCCCUUUGCCCCCAGGAGAAGAUGUCAUUGCUUCAGAAAGGGCUGCAGCUUUAUGCACCGCAUGUGAACUCUCGGGGAAGUCAUUAUUUGUGCUGCCGCACACUGACCACCUUGUGGGUUAUAUUAUAAGACUAGAAAAUGCUUUUUAUGAACAUGCACAGACUUAUUAUUACACUGAAAUCAGAAGAGUGAAAUCUCAUAAAGAGUUUUUGAAUAAAACAACACACCAGCUUUUAUUUGUUAGGCAUCAGUUCAAAAUAGCAUUCUUCAGUGAAUUGAAACAAGAUACACAAAAUGCUCUGAAGAAUUAUAGGACUGCCUAUAAUCUUGUACAUGAAUUGAGAGCCCAUGAAACUAACAUUCUGGAAAUUAAGACUAUGGCAGGAUUUAUAAACUACAAGAUCUGUCGGCUGUGUUUUCAACACAACACCCCACUGGACGCAAUUGCUCAGUUCAGAAAACAUAUCGACUUGUGUAAGAAAAAAAUUGGAAGUGCAGAGUUGUCUUUUGAGCAUGCUGCAUGGAUGUCUAAACAAUUCCAGGCCUUUGGAGAUUUAUUUGAUGAAGCUAUUAAGUUAGGGUUAACAGCUAUUCAAACUCAGAAUCCUGGUUUCUAUUAUCAGCAGGCAGCAUAUUACGCUCAGGAGCGGAAACAGCAUUCAAAAACCCUUUGUAACCAUGAUGCUUCUGUAAUGUAUCCCAAUCCUGACCCCUUAGAAACACAAACAGGUGUUCUUGACUUUUAUGGACAAAGGCCCUGGCGACAAGGAAUAUUAAGUUUUGAUCUUUCUGAUCCUGAAAAAGAGAAAGUAGGAAUUCUUGCCAUUCAGCUGAAGGAGAGAAAUGUUGUUGACUCAGAAAUAAUAAUAACUCUUCUGAGCAAUGCUGUUGCACAAUUCAAGAAGUAUAAGUGUCCAAGAAUGAAAAGCCAUCUAAUGGUUCAAAUGGGAGAAGAAUAUUAUUAUGCAAAGGAUUAUACCAAAGCUUUGAAGUUACUGGAUUACGUGAUGUGUGAUUACCGGAGUGAAGGAUGGUGGACUCUGCUCACGUCUAUACUCACUACUGCUCUAAAGUGUUCCUACCUCAUGGCCCAGUUGAAAGACUACAUCACUUAUUCCCUAGAACUCCUUGGAAGAGCUUCAACUCUGAAAGAUGACCAGAAAUCUCGUAUAGAAAAGAACCUCAUAAAUGUUUUAAUGAAUGAAAGUCCCAAUCCUGAACCCGACUGUGAUGCAUUAGCUGUGAAGACUGCUCAGAAGCUGUGGGCGGACCGAGUUUCUCUGGCUGGCAGCAACAUUUUCACUGUAGCAGUCCAGGACUAUGUACCAUUUGUCCAAUGCAAAGCCAAGUUUCAUGCCCCAAGUUUUCACGUUGAUGUUCCUGUUCAGUUUGAUAUUUAUCUGAAGGCCGAUUGUCCACACCCCAUUAGGUUUUCCAAGCUUUGUGUCAACUUUAAUAAUCAGGAAUACAACCAGUUCUGUACAAUAGAAGAAGCAUCCAAAGCAAGUGAAGUUUUAGAAAAUUUGACUCAAGGAAAGAUGUGCUUAGUUCCUGGCAAAACAAGAAAAUUGUUAUUUAAAUUUGUUGCAAAAACUGAAGAUGUGGGAAAGAAAAUAGAGAUUACUUCUGUGGAUCUGGUUCUGGGCAGCGAGACAGGCCGGUGUGUGGUUUUGAGCUGGCAGGGAGGAGGAGGAGAUGCCGCAUCCUCCCAGGAAGCCCUGCAGGCUUCCAGGUCUUUCAAAAGACGACCUAAACUCCCUGACAAUGAAGUUCACUGGGACAGCAUCGUAAUUCAGGCGAGCACAAUGAUCAUUUCCAGAGUUCCACAUAUUUCUGUGCAUCUUCACCAUGAGCCACCUGCCCUAACAAAUGAAAUGUAUUGUUUGGUUGUGACUGUUCAGUCUCACGAGAAGACCCAAAUCAAAGAUGUGAAGCUCACUGCUGGUUUAAAACCAGGGCAGGAUGCCAACCUAACUCAGAAAACUCAUGUGACACUUCAUGGGACAGAACUGUGUGAUGAAUCCUACCCAGCCUUACUCACUGAUAUUCCUGUUGGAGACCUACGUCCAGGGGAACAGCUGGAAAAAAAGAUCUAUGUUCGCUGUGGGACUGUGGGCUCAAGAAUGUUUCUUGUGUAUGUUUCUUAUCUGAUCAAUACAACCGUUGAAGAAAAGGAAAUUAUUUGCAGAUGUCACAAGGAUGAAACCGUGACAAUAGAAACUGUCUUUCCGUUUGAUGUUGCAGUUAAAUUUGUUUCUACAAAGUUUGAGCACCUGGACAGGGUCUAUGCCGACAUCCCCUUCCUGCUGAUGACCGACCUGCUAAGCGCCUCUCCGUGGGCACUCACCAUCGUGUCCAGUGAGCUACAGCUUGCUCCAAGCAUGACGGCAGUGGAUCAGCUGGAGUCCCAAGUGGACAAAGUUGUCUUACAGACUGGAGAGAGUGCUAGUGAAUGCUUUUGUCUUCAGUGCCCAUCUGUCGGAAAUGUUGAAGGUGGUGUAGCAACUGGACAUUACAUUAUCUCUUGGAAGAGGACUUCAGCCAUGGAAAACAUCCCUGUCAUCAGCACAGUCAUCACGCUGCCACAUGUGAUUGUAGAAAAUAUUCCUCUUCACGUGAAUGCAGAUCUGCCAUCUUUUGGACGUGUCAGAGAAUCAUUACCUGUCAGAUAUCACCUGCAGAAUAAGACUAACCUCGUGCAGGAUGUGGAAAUUUCUGUGGAGCCCAGUGAUGCCUUUAUGUUCUCAGGCCUCAAACAGAUUCGACUGCGUAUUCUACCUGGCACUGAACAGGAAAUGUUAUAUAACUUCUACCCUCUAAUGGCCGGAUACCAGCCACUGCCAUCGCUCAACAUCAACUUGCUUAGGUUUCCUAACUUCACCAAUCAGCUGCUUAGGCGUUUUAUACCCACCAGUAUUUUUGUAAAGCCACAGGGUCGACUGGCAGAUGACACUUCCAUUGCUGCUGCAUGAUGUUCAAGGCCGGCCCUUGGCUGUUGUUACAGAGGAGCAGGGUAGAGCUGUAUGUGUGUGUCAUUGUGUCCUGUAGCUUUGAUCGUGGUAAACAGUUAAUCUUUUCUAUUUUUGAACGGAUACCAACUAUUCAGAGGAACUUAUGCUUAACAUAUUAUGAAAAUCAUCCUCUCAUGUAAUUUCACUAAUAAAUAUUUGAAACCUAUUGGUGCAGUAUAAAAGUAUGUCAAAUCAUUGUUACUGUUAAAAGUCAUUUUAUGAAUAGUGAACAAUUUCAUAGUUGAUUUGUGUGUACAGUAGGAGAGGGAAAUUAAGCAUCCCAAAUAUAACUGGACAAAGAAAGGAGAACGGACCAGUGAAGUUCUGAAGCCCUGCUGAGUCUCCUGCAGAGUUGGCCUAACCGGAGUUAAUCCAUCCUUACAAAUUCAGAGCGUGUUCAGAAUGCACAGCUCCAGCAUACCCAGCUGUGUGCCUGAUGUUGAAAAACCUCCAGAAACUUGUAAUCAAAGUGCUUUAAUUAGAAGGUGUCAGAAUUUCUAUUUUUGCUUACCAUCAGAAAGUGUCAGAUAGAUUCUGCCUACAGUCAGAAUAUGGAUCAUUUGUGAAGCAGGGUUGUAUUUUUGAAAGGGUAGAAAUGUAAGGAUCUUAUAAGCAUAAUUUUUUAAAUAAAAGUUCUGAAGAAUGAUCCAUUGAAGAAGAGCUCUUAGUUAUGUCAUGCAGUUCCAAAACAAUUACUUAAAACUCUUGAAAAUUACUGUAAAUAAAAAUCAUAGGGUGAAUUUUUUUCUUUGUUAAAAUAUCCUAAUAAUUUAAAACUACCUGAUUUAUUAUUUUUCUACUGAAAAAGUAUAAUUGUAAAAAGGAAAAAGUGAUGUAAAAAGGAAAAAGAGAACUAUGUUCUCUUUCAAAUAUACUUGUAUGUAUCUUUUAAUUAUUUUGAGCAUGUUUCAUUAAAGCUUCACAGGGCAGCUCUCACGAAGAGCACAGUUACAUGAGGUGUAGUAGAGAGGAUUGGAUUGAAAAGCCGGAUAUAGUAGUACGUAUCUGUAAUCCCAGCACAUGGGAGACUGAGGCAGAAGGAUCAAAAGCAGAGGCUUACGUUGGACAGCUUGGUGAUUUAGCAGGAUCCUGCCUCAGAGGAAACAGUGAGAUCUGAGAAUAUCGCUCAGUAUGUUCAAUCCCAUACCACACACCAUCCGUACGCACAUUAAAAGGAAUAGGAUUGAGGUACGGUAUUUGCGUUCUACAACUGGUGCAGCUAACCGUGGUGGAAGAGGCUCUUGGGAGGACGUGAGUUUCUAUUAUAUAGCAACUUUUCAGGUAUGGGCUUUGGGAGAGUGACUUUGAGGAAUCAGAUCCCACCUUUAUGCCUAGGGCUUUGAGUUACUCUCUUUUGUCUCAGUUUUCUCACAUAUAAGAAUAAAUGAUAGACCUGUUUCACAGCUUGUUAUGAAAAUGAUAUAGAUUAAUACAGAAGAAGAGCUUGCAGCAUUGCCUGCCCAAAGUUCAUGCUUAACUAGGGUUGUCUGUGUUACUGCUUUGUGUGUGUGUGUGUGUGUGUGUGUUUGUGUACGUGUGUGCAUGUGCGUGUUCGUGCAUAUGCAUGUGAGUGUUAUUUUUAGAGGAAGGCCGAAGGAGAUAAUUCAUGCAUGUGCUGGAGAAGUCUGUGUUAUCAGAAUUUACUAAUACAAUUUCCAUUAUGCAGUAUGUAUGUGUAUAUAUAUAUAUGUACAUAUAUAUGUUUGUGUAUAUAUAUGUAUACAUAAAACUGUGCUGUAUGUGUAAAUAUAUAAAAUUUUAUGAAAUAAUUCUGUAUACUCACGUGUAUCCUCUUGUGCUUUGUUAAAAAGAUAUCCCUCAUUGUAACUUGCUAAAUUGAUUUUGUGACCUACUAAUAGGAUGUAAACUGCAAUUUGAAAACUGGACAGAAAUCUUUAAGGUCCGUUUGAAGUCUAAGAAGGUUUGAUACAGUGCAAAAGUAAUAAAGGCCUCAAAUGUUAGCACUGCCCUUGUCAAGCACAAAGUGUGUGUACUAAUUAGUCACUGAUAUACGCUUUAAAAUUAACAUCAACAUCAGUGUGAUUUGUUCAACUAUGUCCUCUACUGUAAAUACACCAAAUAAAUUUGUGCUUUCUUCUUGAUCUCUCAA